AUGUCAAGUAGGGCAAGCAGUGUUUCCAGAGUCAGUGAUGGAAGAAAUUCACCAGCAUUGUAUGCUGAUAGCUUAAGAAUUCGAAAAACGUUGAGUGGUGACGAAUAUUUCUGGAAUGGAGAAAAUGUACUUGAGUUUUUACAAGAUCAUGAUCUUCACAAUAUUUGGAAGGAUGUUCUAAUAGCUGAGAAAAUCGAAGGGCAAGCGUUUGUUAGUCUUGUUAACUAUGGAAAUGCUCUAGGGUUGGCUCAAAAGUAUAAUAUUCCCGAUGAAGAAGCUGCUCAGCUAACGAACCGAGUUCGGCAGGCUUUAUAUUCAUAUGUAGACUCAUCUGGUUUUGAAUCCGCUAGAAAACUGUAUUCCCCGAACUCUAUAGAUUCCCCGCUAAGCAAAGGCGAUGAUAUAUCCUCUGUCAAUGACUUUAAUGUUACUUCUUUCUUAAAUAAAAUCGGUCACAAGAAUAGAAUGAACUCCUCUUCAGAAUGGCUUACUGGCUCCUCGGAUGGGUUUACUGGACAAGAUGGCCUAAUUGCGACAGAAGAGUUACCUCGUAAUUCAAGUUCGAGUUCAAUGGAUUCUUUAAAGCAAUCGGAAUACUACUCUACAAACGAAGCUCAAAAAAAGCAACCAAGCCUAGGUGAUGCUAAACUAUCUAGAAGCAGGAGUGUUAGCAAGAGACAAAGCACUGAUUAUAAAGAAAAGUCAAACAACUUUCUAAAAAAAUUUCGCGUCCCCGGCUUUUCACGCGAGAAAGAGAAAGAGAAAGUUAAAGAAAAAUCGCCUUUUCCGACUUCACCAUCAGCAAAAGUCUUUUCGAAAUUAAGUUUAAAGAACACUUCCGAAGCCUCUUAUUCUGAGACUUGGGUUCCUCGUGUCCACCGGUUGGAAAGUCAAAUUGGAUUAGGUCUAAAAAAGCAAGCGUUUGUUCUGGCUACAACAGAUGACGAAACCUUCACUGCUGUUAAUAUCACUAAUGUAAACUCGGCUUAUCAACUGCGUGAAACGCUGGUAAGGAGUGUCUCUUUAGAUUGCUCUCCGGCAGAGUGUCAUAUCUAUCUUACCGAAGUAGGUGGUGCCCAAUAUAUUGAAUCUCUUGAUGACAUUAAACUGGAUAUUACCAGACGUUAUGUUGAUGAAUUUGGGACAAUUAAGUUUUUUAUAAUCCCUGCCAGAGACGCUUCAUUGCCUGAGAAGGUGUCAAAUGAUACAGUUACUGUGUCAUCAAGAUCGUCCAGCAAUGCCAACUUCAAGCAUCCUGCAGAUGAAAUUAAGUAUUUUCAAAAUAUUAACUCAAAUCCACAAUCGAAAAGGAACAUCAGACAUUCAGUACUCACUUCCGAUUUUGACAAAGAAACUCCUGUCAACGCAGUACCUCCUGGCACUCAAAAUGAUAAGAAGCUUGGCUCUGCUCCGAAUUUGGCAGUUUUACAAGAGCCCCCAUCUCGGCGUUUUCGUGGCUUUGAAAAAAUUAGGGGUGCGAAAGGCGAAAUGGCUGCUAGGAUCCUUGACGGCACUGAAGAAGAUACUGGAAAAAAUAGAUUUAAAGUACUGAGGCCUCAUAAGAAAAUUACUUUAAAGCUUCCUUCAAACAGUUCUGCAUCAUCCGAAUUAAAUCCCAAGCCCUCAUUAAUGGGUAGAAAUUUUAUAGCUCAUAGAGAUCCACCUUCUCCUCCAGAUUUUGAUACUGCUCCUAAACGUACAAGUACCAUAACCAGACGAUCUAGUUUGCGCUAUGUACAUUCACCUCGUUCUAACGAUUUCGAGGAUACAAAAAUAACGGGAGUUAACUUUACAGAUGAUACUAGCGAAUUCACAGAUUGGAAAAAUGACUUUUCAUUUAAUAAUGCCCCUGCCUUUGAUGAAUCGGAAAUUCCAAAUGAUACCUUUUGGGCUGUUCAGCCUAAAAAUCUUCAGGAAAGUACCCCGGAAAUGCUGAACAAGAGGAAUUCUCUUAAAAGAUCACCAGUUACGGCCGAUAGCCAAAUAAAUCAGCGUACUGUUCCUGAAUUUUCACAUGGCGAUGAUCUGGCUUUAAAUUUAUCACCCUUAUCACACCAUAUAAGAAAAAUGAGCAUAAAGAAUGAAGCUCCUAUUUCAUUAAAAGAUGAAGAGCAAAGUAAAUGGGAAGUUCGUCCCUCUGCUGAUGAUCUGUAUAGAAACGUUGAUCAGUUUUUCCCUCGAUAUAAUUUAGACAAUGUGCUAGUUUCCGAUAAUUCGAAAGCUGUGUCUUCCCCUUCGAAAACUUCAAUCAGGCCAAAAGUUAAAUCUGUGCGUUUUUUGGCUCGUGAAGUAUUUGAGGCUCGUAAGGCACUACUGAGAAAUAACAGAAAAAAUAAAGGUGGUGAUUUAUUGCGACGCUCAAGUACAAAAUUUUGGGGCUCCAAGAUAGAAGAGGUUAAGCCUGAAGGAAAUGGUGCCUCAAAUUCAGUUUUAAGUCCAAGCAAUGAUACGCCAACUUUCAAAUGGUUAAAAGGAGAUUUGAUUGGAAAUGGAACUUAUGGCAGAGUGUUCAUAGCAAUGAAUGUUAACACUGGUGAACUAAUUGCCGUAAAGCAGGUUGAAAUUCCCCAAACCGUUAAUACGUAUCACGAAAGACUCUGGAAAAACAUUGUUGAUUCCAUAAAUUCUGAGAUAGAAACAAUGGCUGAUUUGGAACAUAUCAAUGUGGUACAGUAUCUUGGGUUCGAAAAAACCGACACCGAUAUAAGUAUAUUCUUGGAAUAUGUCUCCGGUGGUUCAGUUAGCCGUUGCUUGAGGAACUUUGGGCCUUUUGAAGAAUCUGUAGUACAAUUUAUCACCAAACAAGUUUUGCUAGGCUUGGCUUAUUUACACUCAAAAGGCAUUAUUCACCGUGAUCUUAAAGCUGAUAAUUUGUUGAUUGACUUUGAUGGUAUAUGCAAAAUUUCUGAUUUCGGUAUAUCUAAACAUAGCGAAAACGUGUAUGGUAACGAUGCAAAUCUUUCCAUGCAAGGUACUAUUUUUUGGAUGGCACCGGAAGUCAUCGAUAGCAAUCAUCGCGGUUAUAGUGCUAAAGUUGAUAUAUGGUCACUUGGGUGCGUUGUAUUAGAAAUGCUAGGAGGCAAUAGACCGUGGUCAACGGACGAAGCAAUUCAAGCCAUGUUUAAAUUAGGAACUGAGAAGAAACCACCUCCCUUCCCUUCUGAGCUCCGUAAAAAUGUUUCAGAUGACAGUAUAAAUUUCCUGAAUGAUUGCUUCACAAUCGACGCAGAUAAACGACCAACAGCAGAAGAAUUGUUGAGUCAUCCCUUUUUAAAGCUUGAUAGUACGUUCAAUUUUGAAAGUACAGAGCUCUACAGACUACUACAUGAAAGGCACGCUAAGUGA